UUGAAAAGACAUUUUUGUUUAUCAUCUUUAUGUGUUUUUAUCUCUCCCUCCCUCUUACUUAUUCUUUCUCUUUCUACCUCGAUCUCUAUAUCUAGUUAUGAAAUAACGCACUCUAAACGGCUGUUGCUUUUUUUGCGUUUUAAAAAACUUAUAUUAUAGUGCCGUGAUAACGGCGGUGCUGGCGUCGUCCUUAUCGCGCGUCCGCGAACAACAUUGGCGAUUGACCUAAAAAAACUGACACACCGAAACCCGUAUUGGAGAUGUUAUGCAGAUAUGCAAUCAAACUCACACUAACAACAAUUUUAACACCGGCACAAUUUUAAUUGAAAACUAUGAACCAAAACGGAAAAGGAGAAAAUGUACACAUAAUAUGAGGUUACCACCAGUUAUAAAUAAAAAUUUAAGUACUCCAAAAUUACCACAACUAAAAACACCUAUAAAUCCGGAUGUUUCCAAAGUAAAUACAGAUACAAAAACUAUAGCAUCACCCAAACAGCCAAUAGAAAAAACUACAGCAAAUAUAGCUAAGACUGCAGCAGAUGUUGCUAAAACUGCAGCAGGAGUUGUGUUAGGAAAUGUAGUAAGUCAAAAAUUUAUGAAGUAUGACAAUAAAAAUUAUAGAGAAGAUGUUAAAAAUGCAGCUGAAUCACCAACUGAAACAAAUUAUUCAAAUGAAAAUGAAUUGGAAAAUAAAGAAAUUACCGGAAAAGACAAUAAUGAUUUAAAUGAAGAAGAAGAUGAAUUAACAGAUCAUGAUCAUAAUGAUACGUUCGAAGAAGAUGAUGAUUAAAAAUAAUAAUAAACAUAUGCAUUAAAUAA